AUGAUCAUAAAGGGCGAAGCUCUUUCGCUUCUUGCAACGAGCGCUUUUGUCUUCUUAUUAGCUGUAGGACCUUGUAGGGCCAGUUUCCUCUCCGCAUCGCUGCAGUUCACUCGCGAUGCCUUGAUGGGUUUCUCACACGGAUCGCAGAGGAGCGUGGAAAUACUUACACCGAAGAAGACGAAAAGGAUUGUUACCCCCAUGGAGCAGUUGACGGAGAUUUUAGACAGAUUACCUAAGACGCCGUCUAGAUCCUCUAAACCCAUUCCUGAAUUCACUAUCCCAACAAAAAACAUUACUCGAGAAGAAAUCACCUAUACAAAGGAAAGCAGGACUUACAAACCGCGCUUAUCACCAUCCAACAAGUUCCUCGAGGCCAUCAACGACAUUGAACGGGCUGUCGCUAAAGCAAAGGCUUCAGGAUUCCGUUACAGGAAAGAAACCUUCAAUAAAUUGAAAGGACUCCUAGCACGAGCGAUAAGAAGUAAGAGCUACAAAUAUGCGCGCGAAGUUCUGGGCAAGAUCAUGUAUCUUUUAAGCACCAAGUCGUCGGCACAGCGGCGAAGCAAGAGAACCACCUCAGGGAACAAAACCGCCCCUGAAACGGAAGGAGGCAAUUUCCUUCAAGAUCUACGGAGGCAACUCGGCGCCUCGGUGUUUGAUAGCUUCAUGGCUGUCCAAGGAGACGUGUCACUGAUGUUUGCCAUUGAUAACACCGGAAGCAUGCGUGAAGAAAUUCAAGCAGCAAAAAAUAUCGCCAUAGACAUCAUAAAUUAUCCUCGUAAUUCCAGUGUGAAGAAAUACAUUUUGUCGCCUUUUAACGACCCCUACCCUGGUGCGUACAAAACAUUUUAUUUUUGUAUUAUGUUUGUCAGUUUGUUUGCUUUUUUCAAUUAGGAAGGGGAGGUGUGAAGGAUUUUGGGGGCACAGCAUGGUUUUCAGGGUGAAGGGAGGGAAGAUCAGUCAUUGCUAACAGAGUAUAAAGGGAGGGUAGGGGAACAACUAUAGACAAUUGACUGCCAAUUAGCAUCUAAUUAAAGGGAGAGUCAAACAAAAUCCUCCAUCCCUACAUCCCUACAUCCCCCUCCCCUCCCCCCCUCGCUUCUCUCACAAGCAAUGGUCCCGCCUGCCUAAUCAAGGCACUCAAGCUCUCUCCAUGCCUCCCGAUUAAUAUUUAAAAACCUUUUUACUCUAAAAUACGCUUGAGUGCCAUGCAAUUCGGCCCUAAAGGCUUUAUUUAAUCUUAUACCCAGAUCUUAACGUGUAACUGAAACUGAAAUGUACCGCUUGGCCGUGAAAGAUCUGGAUAUGAGACUGCCCUUUACUGUCAAUGACUGAUCGUUCUUCUGAAAGGUAAUCGAAAACGAACAGGGAAACAAGGGUGGUGGGGUGGGGAAUAUCAUUCUGACCCUUCGCCAAUUCCAGAAGAAGUCAAACUAUUCAAAUUUGCACUUCAAUAUUUUGCAGUGAAAUCGGCCGCCAUAGUCAAAGAGGAAAGCGACGCUGGUGAGUUCGUGAAAGCUAUUAAUGCUCUUACAGCAAACGGUGGUGGGGAUUGUCCGGAGUAUACAUUCACAGGGAUGCUGGAAGCAAUCUACCAAUGGCCAGAAUGGGGAUCCCCUAUGUACGUCUUUACGGACGCGGGCCCAAAAGAUGCAUCGGACGCAAAAAUUGCCGAGCUUCAGUUCCUAGCUAGCUCUGAUCAGUUAGGGGUAACAAUUAAUUUUCUUACCACAGGUAAGAGAUCUAAAGUAUUUACAUUCUUGUUCGCAUACUAUUUAGCAGGCUGUAUGUCUGACUGACAAACCGGUAGAGAGGAUAAGGUCUCGUCUUUUGCAGACUGACAGAUUUACAGACCUACAGUUUGACAGACUAACAGACCGACAGACUAAGAGACCAACAGACCGACAGUCCGACAAAGUAACAGAUAGAAAGAACGACAGACUUACAGACUAAAGGACCGGCAGUCCAACAGACUGACAGACCAACAGACGAGCAGACUGAUAGAGCGUCUGACUGACCAAUUUGAGUGAUAGGCUGACUAACAAACUUCUGACAGACAGAUUAGUCAAUCUGUCUGACUUAUCUAUCGAAUGAUCAAUUGAUUAGUUGACCAGUGUCACGAAUUUAUCGAUUGUUUGGUGUAGGUUUCUGUUACACUCAUCUCCACCCAGCCUUCAAAGAUCUCGCCGAGCGUACCUCAGGUCAGACUAUUUCUCUUAGAAAAGACGGAGAACUGGAAAAGCUUAAUAAUCUGACAGCGGGUGUGCUCGAUGGGACGAGUACUCUUAGUAUCGGUUCAAGCCCAGGACACAAGAGGAAGCGAAGCGUAAAAAAUACAACGCCCCGUCGAUAUAACUUUUCAGUUGAUGAAUCCAUUGAAAAAUUGACCAUAACAGUAAGCACCACACGCCAGGGAACAAAUGGUCUGUACUUUUUAUUUUUUUGAUUAUAUCUAUGUUGUAGUGGGUGAAGCUUAAUGUGAUCUUAGGCUGCUAUCUUUGACUUUUACAGCAGGAAAAGGCUGGGAGAGAGAGAAAUUUGUACCAAGGGGGUGAGCGACGGCCAAGAAGAAGGAGAGGGGGGGGGGGCAAAUGCGUUCGCUAGCUUCUUAGCGUUUACUCGCCUAUAUAAGACGCCUGCACUGCAUGGAUACAGAUGCUAUUUCCAUAUCAUAUUUUACAAAAGGAGAGGUAGUUCCCAAAUAGUCAACUAACAGCCACAAGGAAACUUUUUGCAAGAAAUCUUUUUCUUUUUUUUUUUUUUUGGCUUCGUUUGACUUUUUUUUUUAGUUAAUAUCUUCAUUGUUUGGAGAUUAAGAAGGAUUAAAUUGAAUAACUGAAAUCGAUGGAAAUAUAUUAAAAUCAACAAAGUUGCUAGCUGCCUACCUCUUUAACCUUCGAGUGUCACAAUUUAUUAUUUCUAACACCCUUGUUUAUCUUUUUGUUUAGUUAUUUCUUUUUUGUAUAAUCUGUAAACUUACUGUAUCAAUUUUUGCAUAUUUGCUUUUAAACUUUUUUUCAGGGCAAGGCAUUACCUUGACAGACCCCGAUGACAUCGUGAUCUCAGCUGAAAAACUUAGUCUGUCACAGGUCUCUGUCUAUCAGAUCGACCGCCCCAAGAUAGGAGGCUGGACCCUAGUUGUGUCGGGUGAACACGAGUUUCAAGCUAAGUCAAGCAGUGAAACGAAUGUCAACUUCGGAGUAUAUUUCAUCAUUCCAAUGCGGGGACGCAGGAGACAGAUAACCGAAGUGCCUAUUUCCAAUCCAGUUACAGGUAAGUUUCGCAUAUAAUCAGGGCAAUUUUUAAGUAAGUGUCAAUUGUAAUCUGGGAUUUUAUUUCGGUCUGUGAUUGGUCAAAAAAACUCGUCCCAUUCUGGACUUCAAAUUAAUUACAAGUGAUUCUGUAUUUCUUAAAGGUAAACUGAACAAGAUGCUCAUCACUGUCGCUGGUUCUGAGAGGCUCAACACAAGCUCCCUACGCUUGGAACUCAUUACCCCUGAAGGAGCUAGGAUUACUGACGUCACGUUGCAGACAACUGACAACGUCCAUUUCACCGCAAGUUUUACGCCUCGCACGAGUCAACCAUUCAAACUCAGGCUCAGUGGUAUCACUCGUGGCCGCAACACUUUUGAGAGAAUUUCUCGACAGAAGAUCAAACCCUCCAGGGCCCUGCUCAGAGUAAGAUACGCCAGUAAUGAUUAUACACUUCCCUUAGGACGAGUCACGUUUGUUCAUUUUGAGAUCUGCAACUUUGGCGCCACUGAGUAUUUUGACGUUACAGUCGUGAAAGAUCGAAUGGGUUUGAUUAUUAGCCCACAAAUUUCAUCCAAACGUGUCAUUAAAGGCCACUGCGCGAUUAUAUCUGUCCGCGCCAGAGCUACGCGGCCCGAGGACGUGGACAAGACCGACAUCUUAUUCUUGAUAGUAAAGGGCCGCACAUCUAAAGUUCUUGCCUCACAGGGGGUGCGUCUUUUUGUUGUGCCAUAA